UGUAGUUCAAUACUGAAUCAAAAAAGGGCAGAGCAUUUAAGUAAUAUUUGUAUUAUUUCAGUUCUGGCCAUUUCUCAAUUAGUAAUGACGCACAACAGGUGUUUUCAAUUAGCUGCUAAUGGCAAAACACCUGCUGUGACGUCACUGAUUGGGAUGUUGUUGGAGCAGUGCAACAGUGUGUUCACAUCCUGAACUACUUAUCCAGCCUCAUCUUCAUUCACUAGCAACCUUAAUACAGAUGUUAUAUGUUAAGUGGGUGUGUCGUUGAGUGUAUCAAGUGGGCGCAUUCUUUUAUUGUUUAUUUGACUGAGUUAAGUCUACGACACCUAUUGAGGACUCUGUGAUAAGCUCUGCUGUCCCAGAUGUAUCUCGCUGUGACUUCACUGUGCGCGAAUAAGGAGUUUACAAUAUUACGUUUUUACUCAACCAUUUCUAAACCUCAGCUUUUCACCUUGUUGGCUUCAAACUGUUUAAUCAGCGAACCAUGAUGCUGUGAGCCGUUCGACCACCUUUGACCAUAACAGUGAAGCUCUUUAUAAUGUUGUGACUGUGUCCUACGGGAUUAUUUUUUUUUAAUUUUCUAAUUUGUGCCAUCCAAUAGUUGCCCCAUAACAUGCCUGCGCAAAAAUGCUUUGUUUAUUUUGUCUCACUAAGUGGCAAGACCAGUUUCAAUAUCUCUUUCUUUAUCAGCUGACAUUCCCUGCCAACUAAAUUAGCUGUUCAUCUUUGAAUUAAAUGCAACAAUAAUCUUAUAUCUGUGCGUUGCCAAAUGUAUCCGUUUAUACGGCAGUCAAAAUAUUUGCUCUAAUCCCGUGUUGGUGUGUCUCUCUCACACAUAUUCAAUAGGUGUGAGGAGGGUGUGCAGCCCAGCCUCUCCGGUUUAAGUCUCAGGAUAGGAUUACAGCAUUACUCUAUCCUGCAGGGACAAAGAUCAGAUUGCUCUUUCGUGAAUGUGUGGUCGUACAGCAUUGUGCACCCGAAGGAGAUGAGGCAGCAAGUCUUGCCCUGAAUGUCUUUUAUAUUCUACGGCAGAUGCUUGGAAAUGUGAAUUGGAUGUGUUCUUUAAUAAAUACUAAGAAAGUGACAAGGAGGCUCCUUCACACAAUACAAAGUCAAUGGAGAGCGAUGAAUUGUUUGCCCCUCCGGAGUGGGUGGGACUUACUUGCACUCUGUCUCCGUGGGUAUCAGUGGUCGUGUCUAAUCAUUUUGUCGCCUUGCUGUCUUGAGCCACAGUAUUUUUUUUUUUAGAAAGAUUUCAAGCUGUCAUGCUGGUUGUUUGAUCUCCGUGUGUAUUUGCCUUGGUAGAUGUGAGCUCAGCCUGCUACUAUAAUGGCUGUUCAGGCUGAUGUUUGCACUGUUAUUGGACAAGCCUCCAAUCAUGUGGCCUGCAAUAUCUUUAUCAUGGGCCUAUUAUUAUUAUUAUUAUUAUUAUUAUUAUUAUUAUUAUCUCCCUCCCUUCCAUGGCACCUGCCAUACUGUGUGUGUCUGACAGGUUCAAAUGCUCAGCAGAUCUUCUCUCUUUACCCUCUUUAUUUCUCACCCUUUCAUAUCCAGAAUAUUGUCAGUGUAUGAACUGAAGCAUAACUUGGUAUCUGUUGAUGCUGCUCAGAUAUAUCUGUUCAUCUGCAUAUAUCUUACCUCUGUGUCCUCCUGUUCCUGUAAAGAGCCAGCAGGACAUGAAAAGAAUAGAUUUGCAUAUUUAUUGUAAGACCCUGGUAUUUCAAAUAGUUGAUGGCUCUUUCAGUGGAGAAUGGGGGCGGGGUCAUAUACCAUGUGCUCUAAGAGCACAGCCCUUCCAGGCAGCUCCAGCACUGCAUUAUUUGCUUUGGUGUGUGUGUGUGUGUGUGUGUGUGUGUGUGUGUGUGUGUGUGUGUGUGUGUGUGUGUGUGAGUGAGAGAGACACUAAAGUGUGCCUGUCCUCUGCUCUCUCGCUUCCACUCUGCCACCUCAUCAUUGGUCCAUGUGCUGCGGUUGUCAGGGAAACUCUUUACCGGUACCGGCUCACCUUCCACUGCUUGAUUUGCACUGAAUAUUUUAAAGGCCCUGCUGCACUCUGUUACCCGUGUAUCUGUGGGCCAGAGUGUGUGUGUGUACACAGUCAGUGCCUCUGUGAUGUGAUUCCUCUGACAAGUUUGCGUUUACAGAAUAGGCCCAGCAAGGAGGGGGAAAAGGGGGCUGCAGUAACAGUAGUGACAGCAGCAGCAACAGUAGUGACAGCAGCAGCAGCAUCUCUUGAGGAGUGAGGGAGUCAAGAGAAUUUCAAUCUUUCCAGCUUUCGACCGAGCCGGUCUUGUGGAUUAAGUCUUUUUUUUUUUCUAAGCCAGACUACAAGAGCUCAUCCUCAGAUUCUGUCGCACUCUCUGUCUCUUUCGCUGUGUCUCUGCCUGGCACUGUCAUCAUAGGCAGUAUAUAUAUAUAUACACGGCACAGUGGGCAGCUCGGUUUGUCUCUCUUUCAAGCUCUUCAUCUCUCCAAACGUUUGUCCUUUAGCCGUCUUUACCUGUUUUUCUCUCGUCUGUCACAUUUCAUUUCAUAUCCUCCAUCUCUCUCUGAUGUGUCCUCCUCCUCUCUUCCUUCUGCUGUCUCGGACACAGAGCAGCAAUGCACAGCCAGAGGAGUUAGCUGUUAGCAUUAGCUGUUAGUUAUCUACGUCUUCACUGCGAAGAGGGCUUUUCGGUGUGACCCCGUCCCCCACCAUCUUCUUGCAUUCACCACUGACCUGCCCCCCCACCCCCACCCCACCCACCCACCCCCACCCGCCACUGCAGGGUGGGAUGGGCAGGGGCACGGUGAGUUAGCCAGUGGCUCGAGGGUUAGCAACAGGGCAGGCGAUGCCAGACAGUAAAGGAGGAGGUGGAGGUGGAGGUGGGUGCUCGCGGGGCAAGUGGAAGCUGAGGAAGGGAGGCAGCCGUUCAGCCAUCCCGGCACUCUUCACCAUCACAGAGGAAGAGGAAGGACAGAGACGGAGAGAUGCUUGCAGGAGGAAGACGAGAGCGUCUUACUCCCAGUACAUAUCGGACGAUGGCCGAUCGUCUUCAGCCACCCAUCCCGGCUCCUCGGGCUCCGGGCAGACCUACACUCCCACCUUGACCCCUACCCCCGGCCCCACCCCAACUCGCACCACCACCAGCCCCAAUAACAAUGCUGCCACCAAAACAGUCGUUUGCAUUGCAGACUCGUUGCUCUUCAACAAGAUCGACGAGAGACAGAGGUUAGCCCGCGAGCGCCGGGGGGAGCGUGAGAAACAGAACGCCAUCAAGGAGGCCGAGUGGCAGGCACGCGAGGAGCGGGCCAGGCUGCACUAUGAGAGGCAUGUGGAGGAGAGGAGGAGAAGGCUGGAGGAGCAGAGAGUAAAGGAGGACAAGAGGCGGGCUGCCGUGGAGGAGAAGCGACGGCAGAAACUGGACGAAGACCAGGCUCGUCAUGAGGCGGUGAUCCGUCGGGCGGUGGACAGGAGCCAGAGAACCAGACAGAAGCCCAACCGGUGGUCUUGGGGAGGUCCGCUGAAGACAAACACUCCCAGCACGCCCGCCGGUUUUGUCGAGUCGGCUUUCCUCUAUCCACUCGACCUUGCUGGACUGGAGCACAUGCAGAGUGCUUUCAGUCUCUGCCGCAGAUACGGAGUGACCUCCCAAUAUGCUGACAGGCGGUCAGUUUCCACUAUGAAUUUAUCCAAACACAUUGACCCUGUUAUUACCAAGCGCCUCUCCUACUCCUCUGCUACACUCCUACACUCACCGGACCGAGGCUUACAGAUGAGAACAGCCUCCUCCCCUGUCAUUAGCAAAUCUCAGUCCAAACCCCGCCUACACCCGGGAAAGACCACCCAGCACAAAAACACAGGCCUGCGCCGGCUUCCGUUGACGCCAUGGGAGAGCAAUGUGGUGAACCGCCUGCUGCAGCCAACGCACUCCUACUUGGCUCGUAGUCGCAGUGCCAUGAGUCUCUCUGGAGAGCAAACAGCCAUGCCCGUUUGUCCUCGCUCAGUGUCCUGCCACCCCAUGGGCUCCAUGUCCUUCAAAGCGCUGCAGGCCCAGCCGCUUCCUCACUGCCGCAGCCAGGAGAGGAGCCUCAGCAAGGGGACGGUCUCGUCGUCCACCGCGACCGCUCGCAGGAGGACCGCCGGCACCGCACAGCAGAAGGACCGUGACCAUGUCAGGAAGUCAUGGAGCAACCUGUCCCUCCCACUGGCUCCCAUUCUCACUUUGCCCCCCAAAAUGCGCUCCUCUUCUCCGGGGAAGAAGAACAGAAAAGGGACAGUGCCCUCUCCUGGCAGGCCUCCACAAAAGUCAGUAGGGCGCCCCCCGACCCCCAAGCUGCUUAAGUCUCCGGGGGCAGACGACCCAGGGAAUCUUCGUCCCUUCAGGGUCACACUGGAGAGCCCCCAACCCACCAGAGCCCCUGAAGAGGAGGAAGAAGAGCAGGUUCUCGGUCCUCUUCAGCCUCGACCUCAGCCAGUGGGUCAGAACAAGACCAGCAGUGAACAGACAACACCAGCAGUCAGUGAGAGCGUAAGCAGUCCUCCAGGCCACAGGCACUCAGCAGGCACCACAGAUCCAGAGGAGGCGAGUCGUAUCCUGGCCGAGAAUCGGCGCCUGGCCCGCGAGCAGAGAGAGCGAGAGGAAGAGGAGCGAAAGCAGCAGGAGGAGCAGCGGAGGUUAGCGCAAGAAGAGAUGGCUCGCCGUAAGGCCGAGGAGCGCGUGAAGAGAGAAGAGGAGGCUCAGCGUCAGGCGGAGGAGACGAAAAGGAAGGAGGAGGUGGAGAGAAAGGAGGAGAGAAAGGUGGAGGAAGAGAGACUUCAGAAAGAGAGUGAGGAGGCAGAGAAACUCCAGAAACAGAAAGAGGAGGAAGAGUCUCGACAGAGAGAAGAGGCGGAGCGACUGAGGCAGGAGAGAGAGAAACACUUCCAGAAAGAAGAGGCUGAACGCCUGGAGCGAAAAAAGCGUCUGGAGGAGAUCAUGAAGAGAACAAGACGUUCAGACCCAGCAGAGAAGAAAGUUGUUCCCAACAGGAAUGGAGACAACGCAGUGACACCUGCUGAUCCUAGUCCAUCUGCAGUGACGGCGUCACCGACACACAACAGCAACAGCAACGGUCGCCAACCUGAGCCCGACACCACAGCACUGAGCCAUCCUGACCAGAGGGAGAACGGGGAGUUCGAAGAGGUGAUUGUGCUGCCUUCACAUUCCAGGUUGUCUCCUCCUGAGGGAGAGGAGCAGCAGGAGGAGGAGGAGGAGAAGAGAGUUCCUGUCUUAGCCUUCAGGGAGAACGGUCUACUAAAGCCUCUGAGUGGAAUAGAGGAUAUCUCAGCCCAGCAGGGACCAGAUGUUGCCUGAUGCCCCGUUAGACCGAGAUGAUUCCACGCCCAGAGAGACGGGAAGUGAGAUGGCCAGAGAAGGGGUAUCACAGAGCUGUUGGACUGAAUCAAAGGAAGGACUCGCAGCAGCACAGUCGGAACCUUCCAGAGGUUUACUUCCUCAACCUCCCACGACAGAAGAGCGCCGCAGCCAUUUCCCAAAGAUCUCCCUAAAGCAUCUUCAGAAGAGUUUCUUCUCCCUCAACAAACAAUAUGGAGAAUAGAUCGUCUCUCUAUAACAUCAUUACACUCGGUCACAAAGUUCUGUGUGCAGCCCCAACUACCCCUGAUUCUGAAGUGAAUGUCUGGAAAUCACAGGAGGAGUGAAUGCCUAUUCCAUCUUGUGACUCUUGUGAUGUUUGUGUGUGUGUUUGUUUGUGCAGAUGAGAGACUAAUAAUGAUGUAAACUGAGAUCAGCUGUAAAGUCUUCAGCCAUGAUACUUGAAGAGAUUUGUUUUUGUUGCUGUAGAAGACACUGUAAUCCGAUUGAGAUCAGCAAUGUGACGUUUUAACUGGAACUUGCACAACAGGCUCCGAAUUACAAGGUUUCAUUAACGCGUUUGCUCUCGUUAACUGGAACCUCAUAAUUAUUCAUUUUCAAUGUUUCCAUUGAAGUGUUCCAGAAGAAAUGGGAUAAACGAAUGUCUGUGCAUGAAGUUGUAUUAAGACUACAGGAAAGUGUCAUGUAAUGUAAUAUAUUUUUGCCGUGUCUACAGUGUGUAGGACUAGAGGUUAUUAUUGGGGUGAGGCGGGGGGGCGUUGGAGUAUUAUGGAGUUUAAGUUAAAUGACAAAAUGAAAAUACUGUCAACUGACAAUUAGGGUGUAAACUACUGAUUAUUUUUGUUUAGUUUUAUUUAAUUGCUGUACAGAUGAAAUGUGAUUCUUUGUCUCGUCCUCGAUACUGUCCGUUUAAAUUGAGAAAAAAAAGAACCUGCUUUGACGUUAAGUCCCGCCCUUUCCUUUCAUUCGUUUACCCCGUCAGUGCUGCAUCCCAAAUCCAGUUACACUACACAUCUACGCGUUGGAUGUUGACUUUUGUUUUCGCCAAGCAAAUACAAAAAGGUUUAAAAUCAUUUGCUGGUGACGUAUAAUCUGAUUAGUUUGAUCUUUUUGAUAAA